UCACCAUGCGCUGCAUGCCGGGAUACACCUCCGUGUUGACACAAAAUGGUCGAGUAUGUUUUGUGACCCGGGAGUUUAGCAGGCCAAAAAGUUGUACCUUAUCAUUCGGCACGCAGAACAUAUGUUCGAAUCGUAAAUAGUAGGUGAGUGCAUAAGAUAUGAGAGCAAGACUGUCGAAGGAAAGCUGAUUCUGCCACAGACAGACACACAGUCCGCCCUGCAUGACUGGGACAGCACUCACAGACCGUUGCCUACAUCAGAGGACGUGAAAACAAGCCGAAUGAAGAGAGCGGCUGCAAAGCAUCUAAUUGAGCGCUACUUUCGGCAGUUAACAGAGGGCUGUGGAAAUGGGGCCUGCACGAAUGAGUUGUGUGCUUCGUGUCUUGGUUUUCAACCGCUGGAUCACAACGCGGCGGCCAUCAGAGCCUUGGAGCUCUAUAAAAUUAACACCAAAUUAUGUGACCUUCACCCCUCCGCUGCCUUCCCUGACAACAGUGCCGAGGACACACAACCUGCCUUAUUGGGCGACUGCCACGGGAAGAUGACAGACAACCUGUUUCCCCCUAGGGAGGACUUCAGAGAGGUGCGUUACCUGACCGAGGAGAAGGUGUAUGAGAUCCUGAGUAUUUGUGAGGGGAAGAAGGACUACUCUCCUCUGAUCCGAGUCAUCGGGAGGAUCUUCUCCAACGCUGACGGGCUGGUGCAGAGCUUCAGGAAAGACAAGGAGCAACACCCCAACACCAAGGAGCAGCGUAAGACCCACCAGGCCAAAGAUGAGGACAAGGACGAGGACGACAAGGAGAGAACCACCGCCAUGGAGCAGGAAUCAGAGGCCUCGGCGUCCAUGGAGGGAGCGACGGGAUCGACGGAGAACAGACUGGGUCCUGUGGAGGUCUCAGUGGACAUAGAAGCUGUGAGGAGAGUGUACAACAGACUCCUCUCCAACGAGAAGAUGGAAUCGGCCUUCCUCAACGCCCUGGUCUACCUAACUCCCAAUGUAGAGCUGGAUCUAACCUAUCUAGACGUGUACGACACCAACCCAGACUACCUAAACAUCUUCAUCAUCGUGAUGGAGAACAGCAGCCUCCACAGCCCAGAGUACCUGGAGAUGGCCAUGCCUCUGUUCUGUAAGUGUAUGAGUAAACUCCCUCUGCCUGCCCUGGCCAAGCUGACGCGCCUGUGGUCUCAGUACAGUGUAGAGCACAUCAGACGUAUGAUGGAGACCUUUCAGCAGCUCAUCACCUACACGGUGAUCAGCAACGAAUAUGUCAGCGACAGUCUGGUAAACGACGACGAGGGCGUUGUGGCGGCCACCAAGUGUCUGAAGCUGGUGUUCUACGCCAACGUGCUGGGAGGUGACCUCGAUACGGGCCACAACGAAGAGGAGGAGGAGGAGCCCCCGUCCAGCGAGCUCACCCUGCAGGAGCUCUUGGGGGAGGAGAGGAGGAACAAGAACGGUCCCCGGGUCGAUCCUCUGGAGAAGGAGCUGGGCGUCAGGACCCUGGACUGCAGACGACCCCUCAUCCCCUUCGAGGAGUUUGUCAACGAGCCUCUGAACGACGUUCUAGAGAUGGACAAGGACUUCACCUUCUUCAAGGUGGACUCUGAGAGUAAGUUCUCCUUCCAGAGCUGUCCCUUCAUCCUCAACGCCUGCACCAAGAGCCUGGGACUGUACUACGACAACCGCAUCAGCAUGUACAGCGAGAGGAGGAUCACAGCGCUCUACAGCCUGGUACAAGGACAGCAGCUCAACCCAUACCUCAGGCUCAAAGUACGCCGAGACCACAUCAUCGACGACGCCCUCGUCAGGUUGGAGAUGAUCGCCAUGGAGAACCCUGCGGACCUGAGGAAGCAGCUGUUUGUAGAGUUUGAAGGAGAGCAGGGCGUUGACGAAGGGGGGGUCUCUAAAGAGUUCUUCCAGCUCGUCCUGGAGGAGAUGUUCAACCCUGACAUUGGCAUGUUUACAUAUGACGAGUCCACCAAGCUGUUCUGGUUCAACCCACCCUCUUUGGAGAAUGAGGCCCAGUUCACCCUGAUAGGCAUCGUCUUGGGCCUGGCCAUCUACAACAACUGUAUCCUGGAUGUUCACUUUCCCAUGGUGGUCUACAGGAAACUGAUGGGGAAGAAAGGCACCUAUCUGGACCUGGCAGACUCACAUCCGGUUCAGUACCAGAGUCUGAAGGAGCUGCUGGACUAUGAGGGGGAUGUGGAGGAGGACAUGAUGAUCACCUUCCAGAUCUCACAGACAGACCUGUUUGGAGACCCCAUCACUUACGACCUGAAGGAAAACGGGGACAAGAUACCUGUUAGUGCGGACAAUAGAAAGGAGUUUGUCUCUCUGUAUAGUGAUUACAUACUUAAUAAGAGUGUGGAGCGCCAGUUCAAAGCCUUCAGGAGGGGCUUCCAGAUGGUCACCAACGAGUCGCCUCUCAAGUGUUUAUUUAGACCUGAGGAAGUGGAGCUACUGAUCUGUGGAAGCAGGAAUUUAGACUUUCACGCACUUGAAGAAACAACAGAGUAUGACGGAGGCUACAACAAAGACUGUCGCAUUAUCAAAGACUUCUGGGAGACGGUGCAUUCGUUUGGUGAGGAGGAUAAGAGACUGUUCCUCCAGUUUACUACGGGGACUGACAGAGCACCCGUAGGAGGCCUGGGCAAGUUAAAGAUGAUCAUCGUCAAGAACGGCCCCGACACAGACAGGUUACCUACUUCUCACACGUGUUUUAAUGCCUUGCUGCUCCCUGAAUACGACACAAAGGAGAAGCUGAAGGAGAGACUUCUCAAAGCCAUCACUUAUGCCAAAGGAUUUGGAAUGCUGUGAAACAAAACAACUACUCUGAAACAAAACAGAAAGUUAAAUGGUUUAAAUGUGUUAAUGGAUAAGGAAGGAGUUCUACCAUACAAUGAGACAUGAGUUCAAAUUAAAAAGUGGCAUUACGACAAGGAAAUGUUCCAGUAGUGUGUGUGCCAAGAUAUCAAUUACAGACGCUUUGAUCUACCCCCCCUCAGAUCUCUUUAAUGUAGAACCUAAUUUGUAGCUAUUUAAAAUAGUUUAAAUCAGUCAGAAUGCUUAGUGAAGCAGAAUGCUUAGUGAAGCAGAAUGCUUAGUGAGGUUAUUCUACAUGUGUUCAUUAAAGAUGGUUGCGUGUAAAAGCAGGUUAUCAUUGUCUCUGUUGGGAAAGGGCACUUAACUAAACUUUCAGAAUGUUAGUGAAUUGUAUGUACAGGACUGUAUGUUAGUGAAUGGUAUAUACAGGACUGUAUGUUAGUGAAUGGUAUAUACAGGACUGUAUGUUAGUGAAUGGUAUAUACAGGACUCUAUGUUAGUGAAUGGUAUGUACAGGACUGUAUGUUAGUGAAUGGUAUAUACAGGACUGUAUGUUAGUGAAUGGUAUAUACAGGACUGUAUGUUAGUGAAUGGUAUGGUCAGGACUGUAUGUUAGUGAAUGGUAUAUACAGGACUGUAUGUUAGUGAAUGGUAUGUACGGGACUGUAUGUUAGUGAAUGGUAUAUACUGGACUGUAUGUUAGUGAAUGGUAUGUUAGUGAAUGGUAUAUACUGGACUGUAUGUUAGUGAAUGGUAAAUACUGGACUGUAUGUUAGUGAAUGGUAUGUUAGUGAAUGGUAUAUACAGGACUGUAUGUUAGUGAAUGGUAUGUACAGGACUGUAUGUUAGUGAAUGGUAUGUUAGUGAAUGGUAUGUACAGGACUGUAUGUUAGUGAAUGGUAUAUACAGGACUGUAUGUUAGUGAAUGGUAUGUACGGGACUGUAUGUUAGUGAAUGGUAUAUACAGGACUGUAUGUUAGUGAAUGGUAUGGUCAGGACUGUAUGUUAGUGAAUGGUAUAUACAGGACUGUAUGUUAGUGAAUGGUAUGUACGGGACUGUAUGUUAGUGAAUGGUAUAUACUGGACUGUAUGUUAGUGAAUGGUAUGUUAGUGAAUGGUAUAUACUGGACUGUAUGUUAGUGAAUGGUAAAUACUGGACUGUAUGUUAGUGAAUGGUAUGUUAGUGAAUGGUAUAUACAGGACUAUGUU